AUGGGCAACGCGGGGAGCAUGGAUUCGCAGCAGACCGAUUUCAGGGCGCACAAUGUGCCUUUGAAGCUGCCGAUGCCCGAGCCAGGUGAACUGGAGGAGCGAUUUGCCAUCGUGCUGAAUGCUAUGAACCUACCCCCGGACAAAGCCAGGUUACUGCGGCAAUAUGAUAAUGAGAAAAAGUGGGAACUGAUUUGUGAUCAGGAACGAUUCCAGGUGAAGAAUCCUCCUCAUACGUACAUUCAAAAGCUCAAAGGCUAUCUGGAUCCAGCUGUAACCAGGAAGAAAUUCAGACGGCGUGUUCAGGAAUCCACACAAGUGCUAAGAGAACUGGAAAUUUCUUUAAGAACCAACCAUAUUGGAUGGGUCAGAGAGUUUCUGAACGAAGAAAACAGAGGUCUUGAUGUUCUAGUGGAAUAUCUAUCGUUUGCGCAGUACGCGGUCACUUUUGAUUUCGAAAGCGUGGAAAGCACUGUGGAGAGCUCGGUGGACAAAUCAAAGCCCUGGAGUAGGUCCAUCGAGGAUCUGCACAGAGGGAGCAACCUGCCCUCCCCCGUGGGCAACAGCGUGUCCCGCUCGGGAAGACAUUCUGCGCUGCGAUAUAAUACUUUGCCAAGCAGAAGAACCCUGAAAAAUUCAAGAUUAGUGAGUAAGAAAGAUGACGUACAUGUCUGUAUCAUGUGUUUACGUGCCAUCAUGAAUUACCAGUAUGGUUUCAACAUGGUCAUGUCUCAUCCACAUGCUGUCAAUGAGAUCGCACUGAGCUUGAACAACAAGAAUCCAAGGACAAAAGCCCUUGUCUUAGAACUGUUGGCAGCAGUUUGUCUUGUCAGAGGCGGGCAUGAGAUCAUUUUAUCAGCAUUUGACAACUUUAAGGAGGUUUGUGGGGAAAAACAGCGCUUUGAGAAGUUGAUGGAACAUUUCAGGAAUGAAGACAAUAACAUAGAUUUUAUGGUGGCCUCGAUGCAGUUUAUUAAUAUCGUAGUCCAUUCAGUAGAAGACAUGAAUUUCAGAGUUCACCUCCAGUAUGAAUUUACCAAGUUAGGCCUGGAUGAAUACUUGGAUAAACUGAAGCACACGGAGAGCGACAAGCUCCAGGUGCAGAUUCAAGCUUACCUGGACAACGUGUUCGAUGUGGGAGCUCUGCUGGAAGAUGCUGAGACCAAGAAUGCGGCCUUGGAGAGGGUCGAAGAGCUGGAAGAAAACAUUUCUCAUUUGUCUGAAAAACUGCAAGACACGGAGAAUGAAGCCAUGUCCAAGAUUGUGGAACUGGAAAAGCAGCUCAUGCAGAGGAACAAGGAGCUGGAUGUUGUUCGAGAAAUCUACAAAGAUGCAAAUACCCAGGUUCACACAUUAAGGAAAAUGGUCAAAGAAAAAGAAGAAGCCAUUCAAAGACAGUCAACUCUGGAAAAAAAGAUUCAUGAACUGGAGAAACAAGGGACCAUUAAAAUUCAGAAGAAAGGGGAUGGGGACAUCGCCAUACUGCCAGUCGUGGCUUCUGGCACAUUGUCCACGGGGUCAGAAGUGGCAGUGGGUAACUUUGUGGGACCAGUAACGGGGGUCGUCUCCUCGGGACCCUUGCCCCCUCCUCCCCCCCCACUACCUCCAUCGGCAGACAUGCCUGAAGCAGUGCAAAAUGGUCCAGUAACGCCACCCAUGCCACCACCUCCACCCCCUCUCCCAGGCCCUGCCGCUGAAACUGUGCUGGCUCCUCCUUUACCACCCCCUCCUCCUCCCUCUGCACCCCCGCUGCCCGGGACGUCCUCACCCACAGUGGUUUUCAACUCAGGAUUAGCAGCUGUGAAAAUUAAGAAGCCAAUCAAGACGAAAUUCAGAAUGCCAGUUUUUAACUGGGUUGCCCUGAAACCAAAUCAGAUCAAUGGCACGGUCUUCAACGAAAUUGAUGAUGAGCGAAUUCUGGAGGAUUUAAAUGUGGAUGAAUUUGAGGAAAUAUUUAAGACAAAAGCCCAAGGUCCUGCCAUUGAUCUUUCUUCAAGCAAACAGAAGAUAACACAGAAGGGAUCCAACAAAGUGACAUUACUAGAAGCAAAUAGGGCCAAAAAUCUUGCCAUAACUUUAAGGAAAGCUGGAAAGACUGCUGAUGAGAUAUGUAAAGCUAUACAUGUAUUUGACUUGAAGACAUUGCCUGUAGACUUUGUAGAAUGUUUGAUGAGGUUCUUGCCAACUGAGAACGAGGUGAAAGUGUUUCGGCUCUAUGAGCGGGAAAGGAAGCCCCUGGAGAACUUGUCAGAUGAAGACCGGUUCAUGAUGCAGUUCAGUAAAAUUGAGAGACUCAUGCAGAAGAUGACCAUCAUGGCCUUCAUUGGGAACUUUGCGGAAAGCAUUCAGAUGCUGACUCCUCAACUGCACUCAAUUAUAGCAGCAUCUGUCUCUAUAAAGUCGUCCCAAAAACUCAAAAAAAUUCUGGAGAUCAUCUUGGCCCUUGGAAACUAUAUGAAUAGCAGUAAACGAGGAGCAGUUUAUGGAUUUAAACUUCAGAGUUUAGAUCUGCUCUUAGAUACAAAGUCAACAGACCGAAAGCAAACACUGUUGCACUACAUUUCAAAUGUGGUAAAAGAGAAAUAUCACCAAGUGUCCCUGUUUUAUAAUGAGCUUCACUAUGUGGAGAAAGCUGCUGCAGUCUCCCUCGAAAAUGUGUUGCUGGACGUCAAGGAGCUCCAGAGGGGCAUGGACUUAACCAAGAGGGAGUACACCAUGCAUGACCACAACACACUGCUGAAAGAGUUCAUCCUCAACAAUGAGGGGAAGCUGAAGAAGCUGCAGGAUGAUGCCAAAAUUGCACAGGACGCUUUUGAUGAUGUGGUAAAGUAUUUUGGAGAAAACCCCAAGACGACACCACCCUCUGUCUUCUUUCCUGUCUUUGUCCGGUUUGUGAAAGCCUAUAAGCAAGCAGAAGAGGAAAAUGAGCUGAGGAAAAAGCAGGAACAAGCACUCAUGGAAAAACUCCUGGAGCAGGAAGCUCUGAUGGAGCAGCAGGAUCCAAAGUCUCCUUCCCACAAAUCAAAGAGGCAGCAGCAAGAAUUAAUUGCAGAAUUAAGAAGGCGACAAGUGAAAGAUAACAGACAUGUAUAUGAAGGCAAAGAUGGUGCCAUUGAAGACAUUAUCACAGAUCUUAGAAACCAACCAUACAGACGAGCCGAUGCGGUGAGGAGAAGUGUCAGGCGGCGCUUUGAUGAUCAGAACUUGCGUUCUGUUAAUGGUGCCGAGAUAACCAUGUGAACCUGAGACCUGCCUCUAUGAGUAGAGAGUAUGCGUGAAUGAAACUUUCCACAUGAACUUUACGUGCUACCAUUUAACUGCAACCUUGAACAUUGACAAAAUAUUCUAAGGGCUCAGAUUUAGCAAACACAUAGGAAUUUAAAAAUGACGGGCUCUCCUUUCAACCUUUGUUAACAAGUGCCUAAAAGUGGAAGUACCUGCUCAGAUUAAUCAAAGCAAUAGGGUUUGAUUUGAUUAGGUAUCUUUUUACACCAGUAUAUUAUCCAAUUUUUUAACCAAAAUGUAAAUUUCGUAUUACACUCGUUAUCUGCCAUUGUGAUUGUCCCAUGAUGGCACACCCUGGUUUCCUGAUAAGUUGUAAAUAACAUGGAUGCAUCUGCUGUGGGUUUCCUUUGCUGAGAUGUCUUUUAAGGAAUUGCAUUUGUUUUAGACAUACCCAUCAACUUUGUCUUUUUAAGGGCUUGCAACAUGGAAGAAGGAAAAAGUCACUUAAGCUCCUGUCCAUAACCAAGCCCCAGCACAGUACAAACAGGAUGCAUUGCAGUGGCAAAGAAGUCACUCAGCUGUGUCUCGUUUUACACUCUACACUGCUAUGCUAGGGUGUGAUGCCCCGGGAGAGUUCACCAGUAUGAAAGCAAGGGUAUGAUGGCAUACAAAUUUGUGUAAGAUUUUUUUUGCAGUACUGUGUUCUUCAGCUAGAGGCAGCUUUUAAAAUAAUAAUGCAAAUGUAUUUAUUAAUUAGCAGUAAAAUUAACAUCUCAGUAAUCAGUAUUAGGAUUUCUGAGACCAUUAUGGGCCUAUCCUGAGAACAGAAAUUGGUGCCUUGCUAGCCAGGGAGAAGUUCACUAGCUCUAUCAAGCAUUCAAGAUUACUUCUACUAGCUAGUAGUGAUAGUUAACCUAGCCUUAUUCUCCUGACAAUCGCAGGUCCCCACCCCCACUUCUUCCUCCUUUUGUAAAUCGGAUAAGAUAUAUUUGGCAUCAUUGCUUUAUGGGGAAUUGCAAUUAAAUUGCUUGAAAUAUUCACAUUGGGAUUAAGCUUAAAUGGUAUGUAAUGGGACUAAACGGCAAACUAAGCCAGUUAUUUUUCCUUCCUCUCUGGCAGGGCACUUGAUCCAUUCCAAAGGCAAAAACUGGACUAAAGCCGAUUUGUACUUUUCAUAAUAAACAUUCUGCUUCUGGCUUACCUUCUUGGUACAUCAAUAUAUUAAUUGUAAAGUUUAUUGUAUAGUAUUUAACCACUGAAUUUCUUAUUUUAUGUUGUGCUUAUGUGAACUCCUUGGUGAAGGUCCCAUUUUCCUUGGAUAAUGUGUAGUUAUAUGAUCUCUUUUUAAAUGUACAGAUAUUUUGCUAUAAAAUUGGUGCAGUUUUUUAUGGUUUUUACACUUUAAUUCCCACCUAAGCCUCUGGGUAAUAUUGUAAAUAUUGUUUAAAAAUGCAUCAGCCUGUGCUAUACAAUCUGAAUGUUAUUUUAACUUAUAGUUUUUUUUUUUAAUAUAUAUAUUUAACUACAAGGACAGCUUAGGGAUCAGUUACAUUUCACUUUAGCAUACCUAUUUACAAAAAAAUUACUUUUAAAACUGCCACCUGCUAGCACAUUUUCUUGAAUGUGUACUUUAAAAAAGAACAUGCCAAGAUUUUGUCUGUUAACAUUGAUUUUGAUGAAAAAAGCAAUUUGACCAUGAUACACCACGAAUAGUUGGCCCUUUAUGACAAGGAGCUGUUUUCCAAAGCUAAAUGCUAAUCAUAUAUUAAAGUAAUUGCAUAUUUAUUAAUCAAAUAGACAAUAAUGUUGGCAUGUUCUUUUCUGUUUAUUAAUGGGCUUGCUUCUUAGCAAUAUUAGAAAUGUUUUAUAAAAAAGCAGUUCAUGUUACUUUUCUCAUCUUUUCAUGACAUAUGAGCAAAUAAACUAUUUACACUACUAUACUGU